AUGGGCGCUGGUGCUGGCAUGGCCCUGGGUAUAAUUUUCUUUCGAAAGCUUGCGGAGGCGGGUUUCUUCGAAGGCAACAAGGUCCUCGGAAGUUAUGGCUAUGGCAGUAGGCUCAAUCUUAACCAAACCUUUGAAUCCCCACCAACAAUUAUGCUACAACAUUGGACCAUGCUCUUACACCGCGAGCGUCUGAGGAUAGUAGGGGGUCCUCUGUCUCUGAUCCGCCGGUUUUCGGCUACUCGAUCCCAGGCAAAAGACAACACGAUCGAGCCCACUGCUCGUGGAACAAGAAGAGACGGUAUUCCUCCUGCGAACUUGACCUUUAGAAACGCCAAUGCCGAUCGGCCUCGCCCACGACGGAUAGUUGAUGCAAGGUCCUUAGCCGCGUCCCGAGCCGCUGGCCAACCAGCAAUUAUCAAAGGUCCUAGAGCUCGAUCACCUCGGAAUGGCCGGCCAGCAUUUGCUCGAAGCCCCAGAGCGGCUACGAAGACCAAAAUCGCAUCCAAAGACAGGAGACAAGGCCGCUCUCAGGACUUGCAGGAGCCCGAGGAGGUAUCCGACGAACUGUAUCAUGAAGCCGCGAUCAACGCUGUGUUUCGAGAACUUACGGAGCAGGCACAACCCAAACCUGUCCGCUACGCUCCCCAUUCGGUUUCGUUGCCAUCGUUGAGGGAGACAUGGCCCUCUUUUCCUACCAACAUCCGCGCUCAUACCGCCGGAGUUGUCGAAAAGCUGUCAUUAUUCAGCGAUCGCUUUCCCAAUGGUUAUGUACCCUCAUAUGAGCUGGGUAGGCGGCUAUACCAGGGGAAAUAUGUCCACUUUUCUAGUGAGCAAGAAAAGUCUGAGGCGAUCUCUGAGGCCAACAUGCUCUCCCAAAAGCGUGCGGACAAGAUUUCUCAGCAGAAAGGCGAUCUUGUAGAUCCAGAUCAUGUCAACUUCAGCCCAAUCAACGCAAAGGACCAGAAUACACUUGUCGGGUUGGUUGUGAAGGGCAUUUAUCCCAAGCCAGAAGCCAAACGGGAGGACAAGCUUUCGGUCCUUGACAAAGUCUCGGAAAACCUCAGAAAUAAUGCGACGUAUCAGACGGUUGGGAAGAGCUCUGCAUUUAUUGCAAAGUUGGAUUCGCUUUUAGCAUCCAGUCGCCCUACGAAACGUACCUGA